AUGACAGUCAUCUUCCCAAUCCAAAGGCACCACCAACGGGCCGUGCUGGCGGUGGCCCUGACCUUCUCCAUCCUGGCAGUUACCGCCCUGUUUCUACGCUUGCUGGCCCACCAUUUUGCGCGCAAGAAGUGGACCUUGAGCGAUUAUUUCCUCAUUGCUGCCUGUAUCUUUGCUGUAGCUCUUCAAUCGAUUAGUAUCACCGGUGUCAUCCAAGCCGGCAUUGGAUACGACCAUGUCCCUGCCAUCGUGGGCGUCUACGGGAUGGCGCCCAUCACCAAACUGCUACAGCUGUUCGUCCCGCUGCAAUUCCUGUGGGUGUUGAGUUUGAGCUGCACCAAGAUCUCCAUCCUGCUGUUGUAUCUCCGCAUUUUCCCCGUCGCACGGGUCAUGUAUGUGUGUUGGAUGACCAUUGGCGUGAUCGUGGCUUGGUCCAUCGCGACCAUCCUCGCCGGUUGUCUGAUCUGUCGUCCUCUCGCUUUCAGCUGGGACUCAACGAUUCCAGGCGGUUCAUGCGGUAACCAAGUCACCUCGUUCACCGUCACGGGCGUGAUCAACCUCAUCACCGACGUCGCCGUGCUCAUUACGCCGAUGCCGAGGUUGUAUCGCCUACAGAUGGCGAGGUAUACGAAGGUGGCGUUGAUUGCGGUCUUUGGACUGGGAUUAGUCACUUGCAUCAUCAGCGCUCUCCGCAUCUCCGUGCUGUCCACGAUGGACUUUGUCGAUAUCACCUUCACAAUCCCCUUGGCGAAUAUCUUCAGUGGCAUCGAGCCCUGCUUGGCUGUUGUGCUCGCGUCGAUUCCCAUGAUGCGACCCUUACUGACGCGGUCGGCAUACAGCCCCGAAGCAUCUGGUGGGAAGACUUCAUCACCCUCUGACGCAGCAAAACCCUCCUCAGGCGAGGAUAAGUUCCAGCCACUGCACGAUGAAACAAGCCAGCUGUGGUUGCGUCCAGCGGGCCCGAAGCACUAUGCAGGUAUUGCGGUCCAGGAUGCAGCCUCGACAGAGAACCUGAACACAAACAGUGCGAGGGAAGAGACGGUUGAAACGAGAAGGCGAAAUGGAAGUGGAGGGAUCACAGUCAAGCAAGAGUGGGCAGUGCUGGAAGGAUCCCGGAAGCAUCAGCGUCAGCGUUAA